CUAGUAGGCUGGAGUGAGGUGGUCUUCCUAGCUAGGUCAAAGGGGCUUGAAAGCUUAAAUGUUAUGGUGUUUGAAUGUGUGCCAGUGGCCAAGUCUUUGUAGGUACUGGAUAAACCAAGGUGGUACACUACAAGUUGUGCAACAACUGGAUAUUGGAACUGAAAAUACCAGGAACAAUUGGACCAUUUAUCAAGCCAGGCCGCGGAACACCUAUUUAGUCAAGUGGAUUGGUAUCAGAUUGCAAUUGGAACAACGAAACAAGACAUUCAAGGCUGCUGCAGAUUCAGCUUGUCAGGCCGGAGAGGCAUUCCAUAAAAUUUACUUUGAGACAUUUGACAAGAAAAGAAACAAAAUUGACACACUGUACCAUGAUACAUCCACGAUGGUUUGGAACGGGCAUCCGGUUCGUGGUUCUAAAGAGAUCACCGCAUUCUUGGAGCAUCUGCCAACGAGCGAAACAACACUAGAGAACCUUAUGUGUCAGCCUGUCAUUGACACUUUCACUGAAGGACAAACAACUGUUUUAGUGACUAUAUUUGGUCACAUCAAGUUCAACGGUCACAAAGAAAAGCCCUUUACAGCUAAUUUCACUCUUGCUAGGCCGGUUCAAUCCAAAGUUUUCAAGAUCUUCAGUAACUACUUUCGUUAUCAAGAAUGAAGAAAGCCUGAUGAUUGUCUGCCUGUAAUUGCAAGGCACUCCAAUCUUUUACAUUAGUGGAAAGAGUUCAAAAGUUCAAUGAUUGGUAAAAAGAGCCAACAAGAUGAAAAUUGUCUCACCAUGAAAAAGUGAAUUGACCAUUCGAGAGACAGUUGUUCUGUCAUCAUCAUCAGUUUUAGUCUAUUAUUAUUCCAUGCAAGCAUGGGUUAGACUGUACUUGUAAUGACCAGCUUUCCAUUCUGCACAAGCUCUUUUUUCAAUCCCUUUGCACGAAGGUCAUCUCUAAUCAUGUGAGCCCAGGUUUUGCAGGGAUGUGAAUAAUGACCCCAGGUCAUAAGUUGAGAUUAUGGACUUAGAUUAUAGACUACCUGUAACUUCAAUAAUGUUGCUGCAUAUUUUCCAUACAGUACCUUUGUAUGUGAUAAUUGUACCACCUUGCAAGCCUGUAGUUAUUUCAAUGUUGUAAUUGUAAAAUUGGACAAUAAUUGGAUACCGACAGUCAAUAUUGUGUAGCAGGAAAUAGUGAAAAGUAAGGCCUGCUCGAGGAUAGGAAAAUAAUUAGUCGAAGGUAAAAUGAUGAUGUCAUUUGAUUGAUAAUUAGUGAAAAAUGUUUACCUCCCCAUUAAAUAGACGCAUGCAUUAUUGGUAAUCAGUUUCAGGAUUUCUAAUUAAAAUAGAAAAAAAAAAUGUCAAUAAAACUGGAAGUUGGUAAUAUUCUAAUGGUGUUUGCAUCAGAUUAGUAAUAAGAAUGGUAUUUUUGUAUCAUGCUCAGUACGUUCCCAAAUACUUAAGAAAAAAAUCUUGUGGGUGGGGAUCAAAUCAUGACCCCCAAGAUAACUAGCCUGGUAUCUAGAGCAUUUAGCUUGUGUUUGAGGUACUGCAAUGCUAUUUUGGUGGUGUUUGAUCACAAUAAAUUAAAUAUUAUAAUAUCGCCAGGGAGUUGUGCGCUGAUCUGAUUAAAUUGCGAUUUAACUGGUUAGUAUAAGCUUGAUGUACAUAUUUGCAAUAAAGAAUUCCAUUCCUGUGGUUAUGUUUUUAAA